CUACACCGCCCUUCUCCGUAUAACAACAGGGGUACCAAUCUUCCACACUGAAACCGGCCGGGAAAAAUGGCAAGCUGACAGCACCAGUAGGAUUUGUUACCUUUGAGUCACGUGAACAAGCAGAAGAGGCGAUGACCAAACUACAAGGUGUUCGCUUCGACCCCGAUGGAAGUCAGCACAUGCGUUUAGAGUUCGCACGUACCAACACCAAAGUCACCAAACCGAAAUUUGUUGCGCCUGGUACGUUCACCACAGGGCCUGCAAACGCUGCCACAGCUGGUGCUGUUCCUGCCGCUCUGGGCGCGCAUGGGUGCUCGGCCACUCUGAUGGCUGGUGGGUUAUCGGGUCUGAUGGCCGGAAUUCAACCCUCGCUGUUCUCACAUUUCGCCAGCACCGGAGCUUCCAGUCCCUUUGAAAAUUCCUCUGCGUUAUUUGCUACACCGGAUGCCCUAGCAGCAGCUGCUGCAGCUCAAUGGACACCUUCCAUCGCCUCAGCUUACGAUAAUGCUUCGUACCUCGCUUCGGCUGCUGGAUUGCUUCAGGCAAACAACUUCAGAGCGAUUAUUCCGAGCAAUAUGAACUCAAGCGGGUUCAACUUUCCUAUCGGUCUCACCGCCACUUCAACAACACCAAAUCUUCAAAUAUUUCAGGCCGCAAUCCUUCAGGCAAACGCAGCUGCUGCGGCCGCUGCUCUAGGAUCUAAUGGCUCCACUUCGGUAACCAGCUGCUCUGGUCCAAUAUUAUCCGUAUCGCCACAACAUGCAGUGGCGCAGCAACAGCUUUCACCGGUGUCGAUCGCUGGAUCAAACGUUACUGGGGUAUCAACAUCCAGUCCCAUCAGUGUGUCAAGGUCGUCACCCGUCGUCGCUUCCCGUGGAACCGUACAGUCAGCAGUAGCAGGAAACGUUUGCCCAUUUCAGUCUCCCGCCCAAUCGCAAAUGAAUUCGUAUAUCGCUCAGCUCCAUCAGCAACAGCAGCAGACGCUCGCAGCUGUCCAACUCGGCCAGCAGCAACAGCAUACUCCGUUUGCUCAGGCGCAACAGCAGCAGCAGCAGCAACAGCAGUCAGUAGGGUAUGCUUCCCAGCCAACCGGAUUUCCCAACCAAAUGACCGCUGCAGCAGCAAUUGGUCUGCUUGGAGGAUACAACUCCCUGGUGAAGGAACUAACCGGCGGAGAGGCAGCCCAACUACACUCUGGUUUGCAAGCAUAUCACCAGAAUGGUAGCUACUGA